AUGGAUGAAGGGAACAAGGUGAUUUCGGUGUUUUGCUCUAACUUCUCUGAUAGAGUGAAGGCGGAAGAUUUGUUUGCUCUGUUCGGGUGCGUCGGCAAAUGUGUGGAUGUGGCCAUUUCUCCCAGGAGGAACAAGUGGGGGAAGCGGUUUGGCUUUGGUAGUUUCAGGGAAGAUGGUGACGCGAGGUUGCUUGUUGUGAGAUUGGAUGCCAUUCAGAUUGAUGGUGUGAAAAUUUAUGCUAAUAUUCCUAGGUUUGAGACGAAGGAGGCGGAAAGAGUGAAGGUGUUUGGUGGCUCUUGUGCCGCGGAACCUAGGGGUGUCUCGGAGGGGUUUGUGGCGAAGAAGAGUUUUGCAGGAGGUGCUUCUCUUAGGAACGAUGGUGGUAGGACUAUUGCAGAGGUGGUUGCGGAUCAGAGGGAGGUGGUUGUUGCUCGAAAAUGUGAUUUUGAGUAUAAGACUGAUCCAGGAGUUAAGGCAUUAUUGAUCAAAAUCACUCCUUUGGGGGCGAAUUUGUGUUUACUAGAAGAAGAGGAGGAAGGAGAUAUAGAGGCUCUGAUCAAGGAAGCGGAAUCAUGGUGGAAACAAUGGUUUGACAGUAUUAGACCGUGGAAUGAGUUAGAUGUGGAUUCAGAAAGGAGAAUGUGGAUUCGUUUCUUCGGUCUUCCGUGCCACACUUGGAGGGUGGAUUUCUUUGAGAAGCUUGUUCAGUCUUUUGGGACGUACAUUUGUUCAGAUGAGUUAGUCACAGAGAGAAGCGGUAUGGAAGUGGCCCGUGUGCUGGUCUGUAUUCCAGUCGAUUUCAUGGUGCCGAUUUUUGUAAAUGUUAAGGUGGAUGGGGUGGAUUUCAGGUUGAGAUCGAGAAAAGAAUAUACUUCUCUUUGUAAGGUAGCAAGAAAGGAGGUGCAGGCGGAGGAUUCCGAGUCCGAAGACUCUGUUUCGGUGGGGGAUGUUUUAAGGUGUUCAGAUGGUUUCUAUGAAGAGGAUGCGAUGUGCAGAGAGUCUUCAUUCAAGGAGGUGGUGGAGGAAGAUGGGGCAUUGCUUCCAGAUGGAGACGUGGAAGAACCUGUGGAGAAUCCAGCGGUCAAUGAGACUGUUGGUAUACCUAGGCAGGGUAAGGUCACAUCUCAAAAGGUGAUAAUUAGAAAGGAGCCUUUUUCUUUUGAUCAGGCUAUUGUAGCAGCAAAAGGGAAAGUUUGUUUAUCAAAUUCUAGCACGGGUAUUAAGGAAACAGAAGAGUACGUGGCAUUUGUGGAGGGGAGUGGCGUAAAAGGGUUUGAGACCACAGAUGUUUUAAGCAAGGGGCUCACUAGUGAGGAGGUGGCUGGAAAGAGAAUAAAAAGAGUUAAAUUCAAAAAAGUGGGGUGUAAAAGUGGGCCAAAAGGGAGUUUGGCUCAUAAAGAUGCGGCUUAUGGUGGGCAAUCGGAAGAGUCGUUAAUCCUAAGAAACAAUAGCAGGUUGAAGGAGAACUUUGGUUAUAAUGCCGGGAAAAAAUUAUGGAAGCUUUUAUCAGACUUGGGAGUGGAGAAACCAGGAGCAGAAGAUUGUGUCGUGGAGCUUGAUCAUAUGGAGAUUGAGGAGAGAAACUGUGCGGAGGCAAGGAUGGAGAACAAAAUUAUGCUUAAAUGA